GUGUCCCACAAUGCACUGCGCAAAACAAGCUAAACAUGGCGCCGUUUCCGCAGGAGCUGUUUUUUUAAAAACUUUCGUAUUUUUUUUCGGUGGCAUAAUUACGAGAUUUUCACAUUAUUUCUAUAUUAGUAUUAAUAUUCCGCUAAUGAAACGAGACCAAGGUGUUUGACGAGUUGAUUGUUUAGCAGUGGCGUGCAGUCGACCGUGGGCUUUCUGUCCGUCACAUUCGCCAUUAGUCAGUAAAUCCAAUUGAAAUAUCGCAGCUGCCUCUCGAGCCAUGAAGGACGAUUUAACUCUAGUUCAGAGACUGAAUGCGCAUCCGGAUUCUCGGUGCUGGUUCGUUGGAUGGAGUCCGAACGGGACUCUACUGGCCUCGUGUGGGGGCGACAAGGCCAUCCGGAUCUGGGGACGAGAGGGUGACUCGUGGGUCUGUAAGGGUGUGCUGGAGGACGGCCACCAGCGCACCGUGAGGAAGUUGGCGUGGUCUCCUUGUGGGAACUAUCUGGCCUCCGCUAGCUUUGACGCCACUACGUGCAUCUGGAAGAAGAAAAACGAAGAAUUUGAGAGCUUGACCGUGUUGGAGGGCCAUGAGAAUGAGGUGAAAUGUGUGGCGUGGGCCCCUUCGGGAAACCUGCUGGCGACAUGCAGUCGGGACAAAAGCGUUUGGGUUUGGGAAGUGGAUGAGGAGGACGACUACGAGUGCGUUACCGUCCUGAACUCCCACACGCAGGAUGUCAAACACGUAGCGUGGCACCCGACGCAGGAACUGCUGGCCUCGGCGAGCUACGACAACAACAUCUGCAUUUACAAAGAGGUGGACGACGACUGGGAGUGUCAGGCCACGCUGCAGGGCCACGCGUCCACCGUGUGGAAUCUGUCCUUCAGCGCCACCGGGGAGAGGCUGGCGUCGUGCAGCGACGACCGCACUGUGAAAAUAUGGAAGGAAUUUCCCGCCGAAAGCGGUCAAGGGGACGCGGCGUGGAAGUGUGUGUGCACGCUGUCGGGCUUCCAUGGGCGCGCGGUCUAUGACGUUGACUGGUGUCGUCUCACCGGCGCCCUGGCAACCGCCAGCGGCGACGACGCGGUCCGAGUGUUUAAGGAGGAGGCGACGCCCGACCCCGACCAGCCGCUCUUCUCGCUGGUCGCGCACGUGCCCAAAGCUCACGGCCAGGAUGUUAACUGCGUGGCGUGGAAUCCGAAAGAAGCGGGACUGCUGGCUUCUUGUAGCGACGACGGAGACAUCGCCGUCUGGAGGUUCAAAGAUCAGGACUGAAACGUGGUCCACGUUUCCGUUGCCCACGUCUUGCUGAGCCGAUCUCACCCUUCAACUUUCACCUCACGUUUAUCUUAAACAUGAUUGUACUUAUGGUGUAAAAAAAAAAAAAUGGAAAUAUGGUGUUCAUCUGAUGAGGAUCCAAAUGUUUAUAUAAAGG